UUUGACCAUUCAGAGCGGUACUCCUAGAGAUUAAGUGAGGUAUCAGUUGUCAAUAGAAACAGUGAGGGACUUUGUACAGCAAUCAGAGACCAGCAAAUGACACUAUGACUCUAAGGCUUUGAAGCAUCUUUGUCUGUGCUCCCUGAUCUUCAGGUCAUCACCAUGAAGUUCUUAGCAGUCCUGGUACUCUUGGGUGUAUCCACCUUGCUAGUCUCUGCUCAGACUGCAACAACACCAGUUCAAGAAGAAACGGGUCCAGCUGGUGACCCUGAUGACACUGAUUCUGAAGAUGUUACAACCACUGCUGCUGCCACCACUGCUGCUGCCACCACUGCAACCACCGCGGCUGCAACCACUGCAACCACCGCGGCUGCAACCACUGCAACCACCACUGCUGCAACCACUGCUCCCACCGCUGCUUCUACCACUGCUCGUAGAGGCUUUCCUGAUUUACCCAAAUGGCUUCAGGAUAUCCUGAAUGGUAAACUGUUAGGCUGAGAUGGAAUCAGCCUGAGUCCUCCAUAACUGGUCACAGCUGUUUGCAUUUCAAGUGAUUUCAUCCAAUUACUUACCUUGCCUACUGUAUCUCCUUUAUCUCUAACCAGUUUAUUUUCUUUCAAAUAAAAAAUAACUAUGAGCAACAUAAAAA